AUGUCUGAGGAAUCACAACGUGCUAUGGAUGAGGAGGUGGGAAGUCAUGCCCCCUCAGAACCUGUUGAGCCAGCAGUUGCACCAGCUCCUCCUGGUGAAGAUAGGCCAGGACAGGAUGCAUUUUUACAACAGCUGGCAGAUAUGUUUAGACGAGUUUCAGGGCAGCACCUCAGAAGAGAAGAUGAUGCUCCAGCAGCAGAGUACUGGCUGCAAAGUACAGAGAGAGUGUUGCAGCAAUUGCAGUGCACACCACCAGAUAGUGUGGCUUGUGCAGUUGCUUUGUUACAAGAAGAGGCCUAUCAGUGGUGGGACACCACAUCACAGACAGUGCAACCUGAGCAGCGGACUUGGAAAUUCUUUCUGGCUGAGUUUCGGAAGAAGUAUAUUGGAGAUUUGUAUCUAGAUGAAAAGAGAAGAGAGUUCAUGUAUUUGAGACAGGGCAGGAUGACUGUUAGCGAGUAUGAAAAAGAUUUCAUCAGACUGAGUAAGUAUGCCCGGGAAAUGGUGCCUACAGAGGAAGCUAGAUGUAAGAAAUUUGAGCAGGGUUUGCAUAAUGACAUUAGGGUGCUUUUGGCAGCCCAUCCCAUCAAAGAGUUCUCUGCUCUGGUAAAUGCAGCAUUGAAUAUAGAAAAGAUAAAAGAAGAAGAACAAAGCUGGAGACAGAAAGGACAACAGAAGAGAGGCAAACCCAGAUACAGGGGCAAUCCUCAGCCUCUCAGGCACCUAGUAAGAGACAAAGGGGUGCCCAGCCAUCAGGGCAGAGUCAGAAAACUGACAGGGGCUUGCUUCAGGUGUGGAUCUACUGAGCAUCUUAUGAGAGACUGUCCUAGGGGACAGGUAUCAUCAGCACCACCUGUAGAGAGGCCUAUUCCUGCUGGAUCUAGAGGAAGAGGAAGGGGUAGAGGUAAUCAAACAGGGGCAGCUUCAGCCAGUCAGAGGGUGUCUGAAACAGUAGAUAGACCAGACUUCAGAACACCUGCUAGAGCCUAUGCUAUCAGGGCUAAGGAGGACAGGGACUCCCCAGAUGUGAUUGUUGGUACAUUCUCAAUCUUUGAUAAACCUAUAAAAAGAAUUACAUUGAAAACACUUACAGAUCACGAUGUGGUAGUUGUAGGGGAGAGGUCAGAUUACUUGUCUAAUAUUAUAUCAACCGCUACAGCUAGGAGAUUAAUUAGCAAGGGUUGUGAAGCCUACCUAGUCUGGGCACUUGAAACCAAAAAGGAGAAUCCAGGUGUGCAUGACAUAUCCACAGUGUGUGAUUUCUCUGAUGUUUUUCCUGAUGAUCUUCCCGGGUUACCACCAGAGAGAGAGGUGGAAUUUGCCAUAGAUGUUAUACCAGGCACCGCACCUAUCUCUAUUGCUCCUUAUAGGAUGGCACCUACUGAAUUAAAAGAGUUAAAAAUACAACUACAAGAAUUGCUUGACAAGGAAACAGAUGUCUCUAAAACUGCUUUUAGAACCCGAUAUGGACACUAUGAAUUUCUUGUUAUGCCUUUUGGGUUAACUAAUGCUCCUGCAGCUUUCAUGGAUCUGAUGAACCGCAUCUUCCAUCCCUACCUAGAUCAGUUUGUAGUAGUUUUCAUAGAUGAUAUCCUAAUAUACUCAAAGACUAAGGAAGAACAUGAUCAACAUUUGAGGAUAGUAUUACAAACUCUGAGAGAGAAACAACUUUAUGCCAAGCUUAGUAAAUGUGAGUUUUGGCUAAAUGAUAUAUCCUUUCUUGGACAUGUUGUGUCAGCUGAAGGAAUCAGAGUAGACCCUAAAAAGAUAGAAGCUAUCCUUGAAUGGAAACCACCUAAGAACGUAGCAGAAAUUAGGAGUUUUCUGGGUUUGGCUGGAUACUAUAGGCGGUUUGUAAAGGGAUUUUCAAUCAUUGCGGCCCCAUUGACUAAAUUGUUGCAUAAGAAUGUUAAAUAUGACUGGGAUGACAAAUGUCAGAAGAGUUUUGAAAAGCUUAAAAAGAUGCUUACAGAGGCACCUGUCCUUACACAGCCAGAAUCGGGUAAAGAUUUUGUGAUCUACAGUGAUGCCUCACAUAAUGGACUGGGUUGUGUACUCAUGCAGGAGGGGAAGGUAGUUGCUUAUGCUUCAAGACAAUUAAAGCCGCACGAGAAGAACUACCCUACCCAUGAUUUAGAGUUAGCAGCCAUAGUCUUUGCAUUAAAGAUAUGGAGGCAUUACUUGUAUGGAGAAAAAUGUUAUAUCUAUACAGAUCAUAAAAGUUUAAAAUAUUUACCCAUACAAAAGGAGCUUAACUUGAGACAGAGAAGAUGGUUAGAGUUGCUUAAGGAUUAUGAUUGCAUUAUUGACUAUCAUCCAGCACUGGGUACUAAGUUGAACUUUAGUACAGCUUUUCAUCCUCAAACAGAUGGGCAAUCUGAAAGGGUAAUUCAAACACUGGAAGAUAUGCUUAGAAGUUGUGUUAUUGAAUUCGAAGGGAGCUGGGAGAGAUACCUUCCAUUGAUUGAAUUUGCAUACAACAACAGUUAUCAAGCAAGUAUCAAAAUGGCACCUUAUGAAGCAUUGUAUGGAAGGAAAUGUAGAACUCCAUUGUGCUGGACAGAACUCAGUGAGGCUAAAUUGAUAGGUCCAGAUUUGGUGAGGGAAACGGAAGAGAAAGUUAGAACUAUCAAGAAAAGAUUGAAAGCAGCUUCAGAUAGACAGAAGUCCUAUGCGGAUUUGAAGAGAAAAGAUAUAGCAUAUGAAGUUGGAGAUAAAGUGUUUCUUAAAGUCUCUCCAUGGAAAAGGGUGCUUAGAUUUGGCAAAAAGGGAAAGUUAAGUCCUAGGUUUAUCGGUCCAUAUGAGAUAACUGAGCGUGUGGGUCUGAUAGCCUACAGGUUAGCAUUACCCCCAGAAUUAGAUAAGAUACAUAAUGUCUUCCAUGUAUUCAUGCUGAGAAAUAGAGCAAUUAUUAGAUUUAAAUUGUAA